AUGCUGUGCUACUUCCAAGGAUAUCAUGACAUAGUGCAAGUCCUUCUCUUGGUAUUGGGCGAGAAGAAGGCCUUGCCAGCCGUGGCCCAGAUAUCUCUUUUCCGCAUAAGAGACUACAUGCUCCCAUCACUCUCACCAGCGGUGAAACAUUUACAUCUGAUCCCAGCAAUCAUUGAAACAACAGAUCCCGAGCUGAGACAACGCCUUGGCAACAUCCAACCAUUCUUUGCCCUUGCAGCUACCCUUACACUAUAUGCCCAUGACAUUCAAGAAUACAGCAACAUCGCUAGGCUUUUCGAUUUUCUUCUAGCACAGGAACCGGUGGUUGCAAUCUACCUCAUCGCGGCGAUGAUCCUAUCUAGGAAGAAGGAGCUCUUAGAAAUUCCCGAGGACGAACCUGAGAUGCUUCAUUUCACACUUUCCAAACUUCCAACUCCGCUUGAUCUGGACGGCCACAUUCUGCAUGCUACACGUCUGUUCAAGGACCACCCACCAGAGUCUUUGCCACUGGGAGCCUGGAAACACAUUCCCUGGUGUAGCGUGCUAAAAACCUCGCGUGAUCGAUAUCGCAAGGCUACUGUUGAAGAUGCAGUAUACCUGUUUGACAAGCAAUCCCAGCAGAUCCGCACCGAGGAGCGCAGGAAACAAGCUAUCGACUUUUUGUGGAGUCACCGUCGCUCUGUGGGAUCUGUAGCGCUGGCAAUCUUGGUCGGAGCUGCGUCCUUCUACAUUGGCAAAAAGGGAUUGGACACAUCUAUUUGGUACUAUGUUGGCCGAGUUCAAAGAGCACUUAAGCGCUGGAUCUAA